UCUCUACCUGUUUGUGUGUGUGUCUGUGUGUGUGUCUCGUCACACGAUUUUAGUCCUCACUUUUAUGACUCAAGAAGAAAAUCUGUAAAACUACGUCAUGUUGAUGUAAACACACACAAUAAAGAAAGAUAAUGUGAAGAUAUUACUUUACCUAAAUAAAUCAAAGGACUUUAUCGAGUUAAUCUCUUUCUUCCAGCACUGCAGUGUCCAGUGCCAGUGACGUCAUGAUGUCCACUACAAGGACACUGGUCAACUCCACACAGACGGCUGUUAAUGUCACGUCCACAACCACAGAGUCAACCACACCCACAUCCUCGACCACAACUACAACAACAACAUCAACUACAACCCCACAGCCCAGCAAAUGUCCUCCUCUCAACGAGGACAACAUCAGCAUCACCUUCAACCACACCACCGGGGUCACCACCACGACCCCCACCCCCGGGAAACGACAGAUCUACCGGCUGAGCACCAACCAGCGGACUCAGGGCACCGUGGUCAAGGCAGAAUGCCCUCUCGGUGCCCGUGCUAGGAACACGGUGUUUUUAGAAUGCCUGGGCACUGGGCAGUGGAACACUAGUCUGCCCUUGUGUACUGAAUCCCACGACAUUUCAUCCUACAGACUUUACUUCGCCCUGGGUGGGGUCGUAUGUGGCAUCGCCGUUCUCGUCAUCUUCUCCAUCUACUGUGCUGUUGUGAGGGCGGGGCGCAGGAAGGAUCUCAGCGCUUUGUCAGAGGCCAGCCAGACAACAGAGAGGUCAAACUAUGUUGACCCCUACUAUGUGGGCAACAGACUGUACGGGUCAACAAACGAAACAAGCGACAGCGAGAUUACAUACGCCAAGCCGGUGGUGUUUAGCACCUACCUGAACCCCUCCUUCUAUGAAGACGCCUAUGACAGAUGGAAAAAACAAGAGCAGACAAACUCGGAAAAAUUUUACGACGUGCCCUGGGCUCAACAGCGAAGUUUGAACAGACAGAUGGAGACGCCAGGUUUCAAGUGGAGUCAGUCGAGUCUUAAAGCCCUAGGGGAGUCAGGAUUUUAUAAAAUACCAAGAGCUCAAAUAUCGGACCAAACCUCCAACAAAUCCGACGAUUCCAUAGACAAGGUAUCGAAUACAAAAUCCCUCGAUCCCUUGUCUAGAAUGGCAUCGGUAUCGUCCGAAGAAACGCUGCAUGGCGUGAAACGAUACCGGCGAAUGAAAUCCCGGAAGUUGGCUGGGAAAUCUGGCGCGCAUGCGCAUGACUGGUCACCGGAUGAUGAGAGCGACACCACGGAAGAGCUGGACGGUGACUCGUGUGUGGGGCUGACGACUCUCUAG